CACAGCCAGAGUCAAGCCCAAAGAAGACCAUCACCAUGACCAACCAAGAACCACCACCACCACCCCCAUCAUCAUCAUCAUCGAUCGAACCUGUUCAAUCGAGCUCAUCAUCAACUCACCAAUCCACCGGAUCCCCUAAUGUCCCACUUUCAGCCGAGGAAAACUCAAAACUCUUGAGGAUUUGGUCGAAGAAUUUACGGUUUCCAUCGGCCGCCCAGCCCGAAAUCAUCAGAGCCGAUCAAAAAGAUGCUUACUUCAUCAACGCUUUGUUCGACCAAAUCGAACCCUUACUGAGGGCUGCCAAAGGUUCUCGAUGGGUUAAUAAUAAUGUCACGAGGUUACAGGACGCGAGCAAAUUGAUUUACUUGUCAUUGACCACUCUACCAGGCUCCCAAACGCUAGGGGAGGAAUAUUGCGAUAUCAUUCAAUUUGAUGCAUUUAACAAUACCCUUCCUGCCCUAUACCGCAGAGCGAUCUUGAUCAUAAUUGAAGUAUUUUCACCAAGGUUGUUGAGCAAACUGUACGAGCGUCUGCGCCAACACAUCACAAGAAUGAAUGAUCGAGACUCGACCAACAACGAAGAUCAUCCCUCCUCAGAAGCCUCUCAUCAACAACGUGAAUCGAGGCUAGGGUCAUUGAAGAGAAAAAUCUGCUUAUGGCUCGCUUAUCUUCCGAGCACUCUCGAUCGAUCCACGCUCGAUUCUUGUAAUGCCUUACACCUCUCCAUAUUCUAUUUGACCGGAAGAUAUUUCACAUGGUCUAAGCGCUUUAGUGGGAUUACUUAUAUCUCGGAUCGACUGAGACCAUUGAGAGCAGAUGGACUUGGUCGAGAGUCGCCACCGUCGUACGAGAUCUUAGGGGUUUUGAUGGUGAUUCAACUAGUCGUCAAGGUCGUUGGAACCCAUCGACAAGCCAGACGGAGACGAGAACAGCUCCGACUGGCAUCCGAACCGGUGGCAAUACUUGACAAGAAAGAGAGCGAUCCAAAGCAGUCAAAUCGAGUGUUGACGGUCGAUGGACGGUUGAUUGAUGAGAUGAUACUUGAACCAGAAGACGAGGAGGAGGAGGAGGAAGGCUUGGAUGAGGAAUCUGACGAGAAGGAUAAACUUGAUCAUCAAAAGUUGGUUGAUGAGUGUCCAGAGGGCGUCUUGAUCGAUGAUCUGUCAGAUCAAGUCACGACUCGCAGAUGUACCUUAUGUUUGGGUCCUAGGAAGGAUCAAACUAGUCUCGAAUGCGGUCAUUUGUUUUGUUGGAGAUGUCUUGUCAGUUGGAUCAGAGAAAAACCCGAGUGUCCUCUUUGUCGACAUUCCGUCCACCUUGCAGAACUACUGCCUCUAUAUAACUUCUGAUCUUCACUCCACUAUUUGACAGUGAUGAGGAAACCCGAAGAAACGUCGGAUGCUUAAGAGUGGAUACUCUGAAAAGAAUUGUACAUUUGUGUAUCUCAUGUCAUUCUAUCAAAGCUCACGGUGGCUAUAAGAGACAAAGACUGAGCGUUGUGAUGUCUGGAUACUAAUCCUUUUCUGUAUAUCUACUUUGUGUAAUGCUCUGUUUUGUUUGAUGAUGAUAGAGAUGGUCGAAAGCGAAAUCAAAUGAAUCCAAAAGUCAGUCGUACUAUGUACAAGCAUGCAGAACACGAUUCAUGUUAAGCUAUUAUGCACACAUGUCUGAUGGUCUUAUGUAAAUGAAUCAAUAGUUCAGAUUCUUUUGUUAGUCAUGCCUUCGAACACGUAAACCAAAGUUACAUCUUGCUC